AUGCAAUUGACUGAGGUGUUUCCAACGUGCUGCAAAAGUUGUGCCUACCUCAAAAAGGAGCGCGACAUUUGUGGUCAUGACAUUGAUUGCGACAUCCGUGCCAAUGAAGCCGUUUGUCCACCUUGGUAUUGGAAGUCAGCAUCAGCAUGGCCAGAAAAUUUUCACGAAGAAAUUGGUGGAGCCUAUGUGAAAGAGAUGGGCACGAAGAUUCUUCGGCGCAGACUCCCAGAAUGGGAAGUGGUUCAGUGCCAGCGAAUUGAGGAUGCUCUUUUGUGGGAAAAGUACACCGCCAAGCGAGCGCAGCUUCGAGAAAAGUCUGUCACUUGCGCACAUGUCUCACCUGAAACCGCCGAAAGCAUUCAAUACUCUGCCAACACCACCUUGGACCACAAAGUCAACGAGGUCUGGUUGCUCCAUGGCACCUCGGAAGAAGCAGCUAAAGCGAUUUCUCGAAGCAAUUUCUUGCCCAGCAGCGGUGGAUGCUUCGGAUCUGGUAUUUAUUUCGCGGAUGAUGCCAAGAAGAGCAAUCAGUAUGCUAAGGGCAGGACGGAAGAUGACUGCAAGAUCAUGCUCCUAUGCAGAGUCACCUUGGGCAGUGUAAAGAUGCUGCCUAAGGGCCAGGAUAGAAGUGCUGAUCGAUUCGCUGAUGAUCCAAAUGUUGAUUCCAUAUUGGGCUGCACUGACACGCGGGAGUUCGUUGUGUACGACACCUCGCAGAUCUACCCUGAGUACAUCAUGCUCCUUGUCGAAGCAGUCGUACAUUCGUACGUGCUCGUGAUUUCAUGCUGCAAGUGCAUGCUGCGGGAAGUUGAUUGGAGCCUGGCUUUCCAGGUACUACAAAGAAUCCAGCAAGCUUGCUUGAACCAGUGUGUCUUCUGGCUCAAGCAUGAUGAUGUGGUAACUUCAUGCCACGCCCACUGCAUGUCUGCGGCAGUCGUCGCGCAAAAGGUUGCUGAACUGCGCGAUGAUGCGCAGAACAUAGCACAAGAACAGAGAAACGAGACCGUGCGAGAAAUCUUUGAGCGCCUGGACGACAACGGUAGUGGUUCCCUAGACCGAUCUGAAGUGAAAAGUCUUCUGCGGCAGCUCAACAAGGGCCACCCGCCGACGGAGGAGGAGCUGACGUUUGUCAUGAAGAUGGCAGGUGAAGGGUCGGUGCAGCCAGGCAGGACUAGAGCGGAUACCAGAAGCCUUGAGAUUGGCAGGGACAAUCUCAUGUCUGCAGUGACGUGCUGGCGAAUUUACCAAUCCUCGUUUGCAAAUGAAAAAAGUAUGGGUGUGAUACUCUUCAAGAAAUUUGAUCCAGAGAGCACUGGAAGGCUAGACCGAGAGCAGCUCAAGGCGCUCCUCGAAGAGCUCAGCGCCGAAGAGGACGUGAGUGAGGAGGACGUAGAUUUCGUUCUUGACCGUGCAGACAUUCUUCGGGACGGAACGAUCUCCAAGAUGGAGUUGAACCAGGCAAUAGCGGCCUGGUAUCAGCGACAGAACAUCAAAAUCAGUGAGCGUGCUUCGGCAUCUCAGCGGAGUACAGUGUGCGCUAUACUCUGA